AUCAGUGUCGAGGAUGCAUGAGCGUGCGCCGGUUGUUCCUAUGUGUGCGGUCUGUGUGUGUAUAUGAAUUCGGCUGUUCUACAAAUACAAAUAAAUUGGAUUGAAUAAAGUCUGCAAGGAAAUAAUAAGAUGAGCUGCGGCAGGAUACUAGCGGCGUUUCGUCGCUGCAAGCAAUUGCAAGACGGGGACAACUCAACUCCCCUCUCCAGGUGUCUGGGUUUAACUGACCUCACAGCGUUGGGGGUCGGCAGUACCCUGGGGCUGGGAGUGUACGUACUCGCUGGGGCUGUCGCCAAGACUGUCGCAGGCCCUGCUGUGACCCUGAGCUUCCUGGUCGCUGCUAUAGCUUCAGCAUUUGCUGGUCUUUGCUACGCUGAAUUCGCAGCGCGCGUACCCAAAGCCGGAUCAGCAUACGUCUACAGUUAUGUCAGUGUUGGUGAAUUCAUAGCAUUUACUAUUGGCUGGAACCUCAUCCUGGAGUACGUGAUAGGCACGGCCAGCGUGGCCAAGGGGAUGGCCAACUAUAUAGAUAGCUUGUGCAAUAACACCAUGGCAAAUACCAUGACCAGGAUCGCGCCAAUCAAUAUAUCGUUUCUGGCUGAUUAUCCGGAUUUCUUCGCGUUCGCACUCGUACUACUUAUAACAGUCCUUCUCGGCAUCGGUGUGCGCGAGUCAACGAAACUGAAUAACGUGUUCACCGCUCUCAACAUGGCGACCGUAGUCAUCGUCGUCAUUGCUGGAGCCAUCAAGAGUGAUCCAGCAAACUGGAGAAUAGACGUAGAAGAUAUCCCCGAGGAGUACCGCUCCAGCGCCGGUGCUGGCGGCUUCAUGCCGUGGGGCGUGGCCGGCGUCAUGGCCGGCGCAGCCAAGUGUUUCUUCGGGUUUGUGGGCUUUGACUGCGUGGCCACCACGGGAGAGGAGGCCAAGAACCCCAAGAGGGACAUCCCCCUGUCCAUCGUGCUGUCCCUAGCGAUCAUAUUCGUGUCCUAUUUCACGAUCGCCACAGUUCUGACUAUGAUGUGGCCGUAUUAUCUGCAGGACGCGGACGCGCCGUUCCCGCACGUGUUCACGCAGGCGGGGCUGCCCGCCGUCAAGUGGAUCGUCACCGUCGGCGCCAUCUUCGCGCUGUGCACCAGCCUGCUCGGCGCCAUGUUCCCGCUGCCCAGGGUGCUCUACGCGAUGGCCAGCGACGGCGUGCUAUUCAGACCCUUGGCCGUUAUACACAAGCGGACCCAGACCCCGCUGCUGGCCACCGCCUUGAGUGGAUUGCUAUCUGCUACAAUGGCGGCCAUCUUUAACCUGAACCAACUCAUCGACAUGAUGUCCAUCGGCACGCUGCUCGCCUACACCAUCGUGGCCACCAGUGUGCUCAUACUCAGGUACGAAGAGGAGCCGGUGGGGCAGCUGGCGGGGGCGAAGGCGCUGCCGGAGUCCCCGCGCGGCGUGGCGCGCCAGUUGUUCAAUCUGCUCGGCCUCAAGGAGCCCACCGAGCUCUCCGCGAACAUCGCCAAGUGCACUAUAUUCAUCCUCUUCGUAGCGGCGCUGGUGACGUGCGUGCUGGUGUCGGCGGGGCGCGCGGCGGGCGCGCGCGCGGCGGCGGCCGCGCUGGGCGCCGCGCUGCUGCUGCUGCUGCUCGUGCUGCAGCGCCAGCCGCGCCGCAGCGUCAAGCAUCUCACUUUCAAGGUGCCUUUAGUACCUCUGGUGCCGUACCUGAGCGUGUGCAUGAAUAUCUACCUGAUGGUGCAGCUCGACUAUCAAACCUGGGUCCGCUUCAUCAUAUGGCUGGCCAUUGGUUACUUCAUAUACUUCUUUUACGGGAUCAGCAACAGUUCGCUAAAAGAGAAGAAAGUGUCGCCGCCAACGAGCAACGGCAAAUAUGAAGAAAAACAUGUUAUUACUAAAUUUUGACGAAUUCAUACAAUAUUUAGGAUGCGUGAAAAUAAACAUAUUAGUCAAACAAUGAAACGUUAGCUAAAAUUCAAGUCGUUAAAUACAAUAAAUACUGAGUAUAGAUUACAAAGGUUAUAAAGUGAUCGAAAUGCGCGCGCAUUUUUGACGUUUAUUUUUUAUCUACAUUACUUUGACAUUUCAAAACAAAUCAUUAAUUAUUAUUAAUCUGUGUUUAGUUUUAAUUAAUUUAAAUCUGUGAUGAACGUUGUGUUGUGUAAACUGUGAUAUUUUAAUGGAACGCGUAAAAAUUGAUUCGAUAUUUAAUGUUGCCAUAAAAAAGAUAUUGCGUAAAUAUUUUAGAGGAA